AUGGCACUUAGACACCUAGUCAUCGUGCUCCCUUUGUUGUUUGCAUCUUGUUUGGGUGGUGCCGAUGCCAGGAAAGGCUGCCCUUGUCCGGGUGGUGGCAACGUUGGGAAAGGGUGCCCUUGUCUGGGUGGGUGUCGUUGUCCGGGUGCUGCUGAUGGUGGGAAAGGGUGCCCUUGUCAGGGUGGUGACGACGGUGGGAAAGGGUGCCCUUGUCAGGGUGGUGACGAUGGUGGGAAAGGCUGCCCCUGUCUGGGUGGUGACGGUGGAAAAAGGUGUCAUUGUCCAAAUGGGUGUCCUUGUCCGGCUGCUGCCGAUGGUGGGAAAGAAUGCCCUUGUCCGGGUGGUGGCGACGGUAGGAAAGGGUGCCAUUGUCCGGAUGGGUGUCCUUGUCCGGCUGCUGCCGACGGUGGUAAAGAAUGCCCUUGUCCAAGUGGUGGUGACGGUGGGAAAGGGUGCUAUUGUCCGGAUGGGUGUUCUUGUCCGGCUGCUAUUCAGGGUGGGAAAGAAUGUAUUUGUCCGGGUGGUGGUGACGGAGGGAAAGGGUGCCAUUGUCCGGAUGGGUGCCCUUGUCCGGCUUCUGCCGAUGGUGGGAAAGAGUGCCCUUGUCCGAGUGGUGGUGACGGUGGGAAAGGGUGCCAUUGUCCGGAUGGGUGUCCUUGUCCGGCUGCUGCCGACGGUGGGAAAGAAUGCCCUUGUCCGGGUGGUGGUGACGGUGGGAAAGGAUGCCAUUGUCCGGAUGGGUGUCCUUGUCCUGGUGCUAACGAUAGUGGGAAAGGCUGCCCUUGUCCAGGUGGUACCGAUGGUGGGAAAGGUUGCCUUUGUGCGGAUGAUACCGAUGGCGGGAAAGGAUGCCCUUGUGCGGGUGGUGCCGACGGUGGGAAAGGGUGCCCUUGUGCGGAUGGUGUUGAUGGCGGGAAAGGAUGCCCUUGUGCGGGUGGUGCCGACAGCAGGAAACGAUGCCCUUGUGCGGGUGGUGCUGACGGCGGGAAAGGAUGCCCUUGUGCAUGUGGUGCCGACGGUGGGAAAGGGUGCCCUUGUGCGGGUGGUGCCGACGCAAACGGGUGCCCUUGUGCGGGUGGUCCCGACGGCGCGAAAGGGUGUCCUUGUGCGGGUGGUGCUGACGGUGGGAAAGGAUGCCCUUGUGCGGGUGGUGCUGAAGGCGGAAAAGGCUGCAAUUGUGCGGGUGGUGCCGAUGGCGGGAAAGGCUGCCCUUGUGCGGGUGCUGCCGACGGCGGGAAAGGCUGCCCUUGUGCGGGUGGUGCCGAAGGCGGUAAAGGUUGCCCUUGUGCGGGUGGUGCCGACGGCAGGAAAGGCUGCCCUUGCGCGGGUGGUACCGACGGCGGGAAAGGCUGCCCUUGUGCGGGUGGUGCCGACAGUGGGAAAGGGUGUCCCAAUUCGGGUGGUGGUUGUGCUCCUAAGGGUGGAGACGGUGGAAAUGACCCCCCUGCGCCGAAAGGCGGCGGUAACUCUCCCAAAGAUGCUGGUGGCGGUAAGGACACUCCUAAUAAGAAAGGAGGCCAUUAUAAAAAGAAAGCUGGUGCCACACCUUUCUACAAACAACCCAUCUUAGAUAGUGAUUAUAAGGGUGAAUGGAUAAUCCAUAACCCUCAUUGUGGCGUUAACGCCAUGCAGCAUCAGUUAAUGCCUAACAACAAGGCGGUUUGGUUUGAUACUACCAACCUUGGUCCUUCUGCUCGUGAACUUGGUCCCAAGGGUAACUGUCCCCCGAAUCCCGAUAACAACAAUGAACCCGAUUGCUUCGCUCAUGCUGUACAAUAUGAUAUUGAAUCCGGCAAUGUCAAGUCCAUUUAUGUUGAAACUGAUCCAUGGUGUUCGUCGGGACAUUUGUUGCCUUCGGGUGACCUUUUAUCAACAGGUGGUAAUAAAAUGGGUGGUGCGAGUGUUAGGCUCUUGAAGUUAGAUGACCCGGCUCCAAAGUUCGUCGAUAAAAAAGAUGCACUCGGUGCUCCUCAUUGGUAUGCAACUAAUUGUAUUCUAGAAGAUGGAAGUGCAGCGAUUAUUGGAGGUCGAGAUUCCUACACCUACGACAUUGUUGGGCCGACAGUUGACUUCAAGCCAAACAAUAAACAACUGCCUUUCCUGCAAAAAACCACCGCACCGGCGGCUGGCCAUGGUCUCCGUGUCGAGAACAACCUUUAUCCAUUUUGUUACCUCCUCCCUGACGGAAAUAUCUUCAUCUUUGCGAAUGAUCGGGCUAUUAGUUUUAAUCCACAAACGGGUAAAACAGUGAAAGAAUAUCCGGUGUUGAAAGGCGGAUCUCGCAACUACCCACCGUCAGGUCAGUCUGCUAUUCUCCCAUUGAGGCUCACCGCCGAUAAUCAACCAGUCACCGUCGAAGUGGUGGUCUGUGGUGGUAACAAAGCAGAUGCUUUCCAAAAUGUCGAUCCAAGAUACACCCAAAACAGAGUGUUCACACCUGCACUUUCCGACUGUAAUAGAAUCAUAGCCACAGCGGAUAAUCCGACAUGGCAGAAAGAACAAGACAUGCCAACACCAAGAGUCAUGGGAGAUCUAUUGCAACUUCCAAACGGACAGUUUCUUCUCAUCAAUGGUGCCAAGAAGGGUACUUCCGGUUGGGACGACGGUGAAGAUCCUAACCUUACUCCUACCGUUUACAUGCCAGAGAACGCAAAAGGCGAAAGGUUCAGGGAACUAAAACCAACAAACAUCCCUCGAAUGUAUCAUUCCACCUCAUCUGUUCUUCCCGAUGGCAAGAUUUUAGUCGCCGGUAGCCAAUCUCAUCAGUUCUACACUUACGAUGGUAAUUUCCCAACAGAAUUACGAGUUGAAAAAUUCUCACCUCAUUACCUCGACCCUAAGCUGGAAAAAGAAAGACCUGUUAUCACCGCAGAUGCUACUGACAAGCGAUUGAAAUACGGGAAAGACUUUAAAGUAACGUUUACAAUCAAAUCGAAUCCCACAUUGGCAGAUGGAGAUGUGAUCGUGACUCUAUUACACCCACCAUUCACGACUCAUGGUUACUCUCAAAACCAAAGGAUGCUCAUCUGUGCGAUUACAGAAGUCGAUAGCACUGAGGUCAACGCGGUGGCACCACCAAGUGGAAGGAUUGCACCACCGGGUUACUAUAUGUUGUUUAUUAGCCAUCGGAAUAUUCCUAGUAAGGGUGUGUGGGUACAGGUGUGGUUAAAGCUUUGGGAUCAAUUUCUACCUCCAUUUCUUGAAGAAAGAAGCAUUGUUCCAAGCAAGUGGUUAAAGCUUUGGGAUCAAUUUCUAGGUACCUCCAUUUCUUGAAGAAAGGUAAGUUUUUUUUGAUGAUUUCAUUUUUAUUUUGUAUGAAUUUCGAUUUGUAGCUUUAUGUAGUGAUUGAAUGAUAAUAAAUUGUUCAUAUUCUUGUUUUUGGUGGUAUUGUUUUGGAUUAGAACAAGUUAUUCAAUUUUUUGUUUGUGGUUAUUUAAUUGCAAUUAGUUGUAUAGCUUGCAAGUUGUAUUUAUAUGUGAAAUUAUGUGAUAAUUGUCAUAUGUGAAAAUUGGAUUGUAU